AAAACGCAGUUUAGGCCUUAAUUUCAUUGACUAAACAGCACAUAUUUUUAAAGCUGUUUCUUUUUCAAAAUUCCGUGUAAUUUUUGUUUAGAGUUCAAAAUUUUAUCACGAAAUGUUUAAAAGAUCCGCGUUAAUUCUAGGUCGUUGCGCGAAGGACUGCCUUUGCAGGCGAUGUAUAAAGCCCACCUUUGUACGGUCUCACCAUCUCAAUGUUCUCGCAAAUUUAAAAAAAGAUGAAAUCUUCAAUCCCGAUGGCCUUCCCAGUCAGAGACGUAAGGGAUUUGGCGGUCCGAUCAUUCUCGCCCAAGACCACGAUUUUUUUGAGCUUGCCAACCCGAUGCAACGGCAAUUUCUGGAUGGUCUGGAGCAGCAGGCCCAAAGGAUAGGAUCGAAUCGGUGGCUAAAAGAAGACAAGCAAGAGGAUCUAGAAAAGUUGAAAAAAGAAUGCCAGAGGCUGGCGAAAGAAAUCACCAUGGCUGGUAAAGAUGGAGACAUUAAAAAGGCUUGCAAGGAACUGGCCCAAAAAGAGAAGUGCAAGAAGAAAGAAUUGAAGAAAAAGUGCAAGGAACUGGCAGAAAAGGAAAAAUGUGAAAAGGACAAAUUAAAAAAGAAGUGUAAGCAAAUGGCCAAAAAGGGAAAGCAGGAUCCUUGCAAGAAGAAAAAAGAUCCUUGCAAGAAGAAAGAGGAUCCCUGCAAGAAAAAAGAGGACCCAUGCAAGAAAAAGGAGGAUCCCUGUAAAAAAGAGGAUCCUUGCAAAAAGAAAAAAGAUCCUUGCAAGAAAAAGGAGGAUCCAUGCAAGAAGAAAGAUCCUUGCAAGAAAAAGGAGGAUCCAUGCAAGAAAGAUCCUUGCAAGAAAAAGGAGGAUCCAUGUAAGAAAAAGGGCGGCGGGGACCUUAAAAAGAAGUGCAAGGAAAUGGCUCAAAAGGAAAAGUGCAAAAAAUUGGCGAAGAAGGAAAAAAUGAAGAAAAUGAUGAAGAAGUGCAAAAAGAUGGCUGAGAAAGAAAAAUGCAAGAAGAUGGCGAAAAAAAACAAAUGCAAGGACCCGUGCAAGAAAAAGUAAUUGGCCGAUUUUAGUUUACGCGGAUUAACCAAUUCUAUUGAACAACGUUUUAAAUUAGUUUUGACUAUCUAAAAUUCUUUGGUUAUUAAAUAAAGUGUGGCCAAUUGAACGAAGCAGA